CUCGCAUACGGCAUACUGUUUUUCGCGUGCAACUUUCGUACUAGCAGCUGGAGUUGUAGCGUGCCAAUAUUACUCGUCCCGUAUACUCGUACUUGUAGUCAACUAGACUACCGUUACCGUUACCAUUCUAGUUUACUCAUCGAAUACUCUCGUUUGUUUUAUACGAGCGCCGCGACGAUAAUACGAGUACGAGUACAGGUGCAAUGGUGCAUACUGCAUAGUGCAUAGUGCAUACGUACGGUAAUAGUGUUGGUGCAGUGGGCAGUGCAGUAUUAUUUCGUAAUCGUAAUAUACGAUGAUAUCAACGUCUACCGGUGGCGGUGGUGGCGAUAGAUACGAGUACGAGUAGGUAAAUCGCGUCGAUGCCCGUUUUAUGUAGUAACAGUACAUCGUACAUAUUUAUCUGCCUGUGGCCUACGGGCUAGUAUUUGUAAUUUGUAUUAGUAAUGUCUCCGCCCGUGUCCGUGUCCGUGUCCGUGUCGCGGUUGCGUCGUUAAUUUGUUGGUUUACGAAUUUCGAUUUCGAUAAAUGGCCUCGCUGUCGCUGCCUCGCAUCAAUAAUUCCAACAACACUGAGGACUGCAGAGUGCAGAGUGCCGAUUCGAAUUCGAAUUCGAAUGUGUGAUGGUGAUCGCUACUCCUCGGUCUCGGUCCUGCUUCGGUCCUGCUUCACUAUCACGAACUAGUCAACCUCAGUCCUCAACCAUUAACUCGAAGAAGAGAUGAGACUGAAACGAUGGUUUUUACUAGUCGUAUUCGUAUUCGUCGCAUCGAUGUACGUUUAUUUACUAUUUAGGAUUCAUUUGGCCGACAUUGCGGGCAAAAAUUACGAUAACGACAAAAACGUGGUUUCUAUCGCGCUGGUCAUUUGCGGCAGCAGAUCCGCAGAAGCACUCGUAAUGAUGAAAUCCGCCAUCGUAUUCCAAACGACGAUGCGAUUGCAAUUCCUUAUACUGUCCGAAUUUCAUUUGCAACAACAACUACAAAAAAAUUUGGAUCGUAUGAAGCUUAUGGCGAAUAAUUCGUUCACCUAUCGAUUGUUGAAUCUGUCGUUUCCGACGGAAAAGGCUAACGAAUGGAGAUAUUUAUUUCAACCUUGCGCUACGCAGAGAUUAUUUUUACCGGACAUAAUCAAAGAUUUGGACAGCGUUCUUUACGUGGAUACGGACGUGUUGUUCUUGAACGAAUUAUCCGAUAUAUGGGGGCAUUUCGAAGCGAUGAAUUCGUCACAAAUGUCAGCUCUGGUACCGGAACACGAAGAUGCCAACAUCGGCUGGUAUAACAGAUUCGCCAGACAUCCUUACUACGGCAAAUUGGGAGUCAAUUCGGGCGUUAUGCUGAUGAAUCUGACAAGAAUGCGACAAUUCAAUUGGGUCGAUAAACUAGAACCGAUUCUAUCCGAAUUCAAGUCCAAGCUGACGUGGGGAGAUCAAGAUAUCAUAAACAUUAUUUUUCAUUACCAUCCGGACAAGUUAUACGUAUACGCUUGCCGCUACAAUUACCGAACCGACCACUGCAUGUACAAAAACGAUUGCGACAGCGCCCAACGGUACGGCGUUUCCGUUAUACACGGAUCACGCGGCGCAUUCUAUUCCGACAAGCAGAGUACCUUCAAAGCGAUAUUCGCCACAUUUUCAAAAGUACGAGUACGAGUACGAUACGAAUUGGGAAAGGAUCCGAUGACGCAUUUAGCCAUUCCCAUGAAACGAGCGUUGGAAAAGACGAAACACACUCGUUGCGGCGCUCUAAUCGACGUAUUUCUGAACAACAUGAUGCGUAUAUUUUCCAGCUCGAAUGUCGAUAUAUGAGCAAAUUUGAUAUGGCCGAUGCUGCAGCUGCAGUACUUAUCACGCGUUGGUUUUUGGCGGUGCGUGCACAGUCUGCUACAUAGGUAGGUAGAUGCCAGAUGGGUAGAGGCAAGUACUACUUCAAAGUGCUAGGUUCAGGUUCAAAUUUAGGUGUGGCAGUGGCAGUGGCAGUGGGAGUAGGAGUUGACGAAACGAGUGAACAAGACACAAAACAAAAGUGCGACAAUAAAUCACAAAAUUGAAAAUACGUAGUAUUACAAAUACAAACAAAAGGAUCAGUAUCGAAUAUCGAUCGUGUUAAACAUCAACAAUAAUGUAUCGUAACGUAACGUAACGUAAACGCGGAUAUCAUUUUAUAAAAUAAAACAGAAGAAAAAUACAAAAUUAGGUAAACAUGGCGAUAAGAAUCGAAUGGCGAUUUCUAGUUACACUUGCGAAGAGAUAAGUGUGUGUGUACUGUGCAGUCGUUAAGCUGAUUCGCUGAUUCCUGAAUCCGAGCGAAGAGCACAAAUUGUUGCACAGCGACGCAAUAUGGACGGAGUCGUGUCAACAAUCAACUUUUGAUUUCAAGUCGAGUGUUUUAUCAUGCUCUCUGAAAUGAAAUGAAAUGAAAUACAAAUAGGUAGGUAGGUAGGUAGGUAGGAGAUUACCAGACUAGGCAGCUAUACCGAACACCGCCGUAAGACAGGUCGAAUAGGUACAAAAACUGCGCGUGAAAAUAAUCAUCACCGCAUAUCAAGCGUCUCCUACAGUACGAGUAUUUUAGGUAAAAGUAGUAGUACGUGGUAGGUGGUAGGUGGUAGGUGGUAGAUGGUAGAUGGUAGGUACUAGGUAGUUGACAUGCCGACGAGUACUACAUAUGUAGGUACAGGUAGAUAUUUACAAUUUUUGCACAGCGCUGCGCUUUUCUAAAUUAUGGCACGUAGUUAUUCGCUAAUCAACCUGCUAAAUAUGCGCAUUGCGCACAACUACAUAUGUACUACCCAAUAGUACAUACCCACUACUCAGUACCCAUCAACGCAUCUACUACCUAUGCAGUGUACAGUGCACAGUGUACACAUAUUACACACGUGUAAUGCCCGACUGCCUACCUCGUAGCUCGUACCUACGAGUAAUGUUUUCGUUUUUCGUACCUGGCGCAUACGUUGUCUGACGAAUGAAUGUAUUCUGUGAUGAAUUUCGAGCCGAUCAACAUUUUGACAAACUGCAACAAAAAUUUCGACAACUCAGAGCGUAAGUUGCUGUUGCCUGUUGGCUGUUACGAGUAUUCUCGAAACAUUCGCAUUUUCAAAGUGCAGUAAAAUUACAAACAAGUAGGUAAUUCUAACUAAGUACGUAAGUAACUACUAACUAGGUACGGGUAUCGGUAUCUUAAUUAGGGUCCGAAACGAAGGACCCCCGCGUAUGCCUACAAGUAAGUAUGUACUUACCUUACCUGGCCUCGGCCCUCGGCUUAGAUAUCUAGCUAGAUCUCUACCGUAUGUUUGAAUGUUCAUACAUGUAUCAGUAUCAGUAAUUCAGUAAUUCAGUAUGUAAUACUCGUAGUCGUAUUGUAAUACAGUAGACAAAUGUCGAAUACACAACCGAGUGUCCGGUUUCGGUGUCCGAUUAAUUGCAGGCUCCCACUCGUCUCCCAGUAGUUUUCAAUUUCAUUUUUUCUCGUCAUCGCGCGAAAAAAGGUGAACAUUUCUUUUACGAAUACGAAUACGAAUACGAAUACGUACCUACAUACCUCCUACUUGGCUAAUUACGCGCAUUGUUUACGAAAUGAUUCGCAUUCGUCGAAAUAAACACGCCCAAUUGCCCAUUUAUGAACAUACUAUGUACGUAUUCGUCGCAUCUCGCAUAAGACGUAUGACUCGAUCGCGAAAGGGAGGCGGCAAUUGAUCAGACGACCGAUCCCGGUCCCGGUCGCCGGGCGCAAUUAUACAUCAUAUUGCCUACGUAGAUACGUUGUUUUGUAAUACCGAAUAACUUCUGUUCGCAAAGAAAAAAAUAAAAGUUGAAACAAAUAA